UUUAAAUAGAAAUUGAUUCUCAACAAAAUUCAUUUGAGUGGUUCAGCUGCUUCAUUGUAAUGUUGGUACUGUUUACAGGCACAAAAUGCCUUGGCGCUAUGCCGCAGUCGAUUGUGUGCUUUUGUGUGGUAAGCUUAAUGCAUGCAGUGUAAGCUAAUAAAUCCCCAAAUAAAACCCAUAAAGGCCAUUAAAAUCACUGUCAUAUCUGCGUUAAUAUCCUGUUUUUUUUUUUAUUAACAUGAUAAAUUGUAAGUAUUCAAUAUGUUGGCCACCUGACGAGAAAUUCAAUUUCAGUGAUGUAAUGGCCUUUAAAUAAUUGAUAUGUGGAGAAAAGUAAAAGAGGCUGCGCUUUAGAAGAGAGGAAAAUCAAUGAGGAGGAGAGAGCACAAAUGAGAAAGAGAGAGAGAGAGAGAGAGAGUGUGAGUGAGUGAGGGAGAGACAGAGACAGAGACAGAGGAGCAGAGAGAAUCAGAAGAGACAGGCGGUCAAGCAGAUGGAUGGGAACCCCACCCAGGCCUGUUUCCUCUCUGCCUGCCCAGUCCAGUGAUAAGCAGCAGAGGAGGAAGUCAAGUAUUAUUUCAUCAGGACAUGUGAGGGAGGAUGAUCAUUUCUAUUCGCUGCGGAAGAACCUGUGAAGCUGCAGUGUCAGUGUGAGGAAGAUGCUGCAGGUGGCCAAGCCACAAACAGUGUCCAUCCGAUGACCUCACAGCCACCUGACAGGCCAAAAGAGUGCCACUAAUAAAGCUGACAGUCAGUUUUGGCUUCACAUCCUCCAGAAUUUGUCUCCGCUCCCUGAACAUCUCAGACAGAGCAGAGGGAUUUCACUGUUUUUGUAGCCCGAAGUGUGUGUAUCUGGCUAAGUAUCCUUUUGCCGUCCAAGUUGGCUCGAUUUGGAGACUCUCAAGCUGCUGCCAGUCUUGUUUACCUCUGGCAUCAAGCCGCAGUAGCUUUCUCCCUUGAGGUAGACACACACCAUUGAAAAGGAAGACUAACCCUGGACGAGGGCCCUAUCUCGAGGCGAGGAGCAGGACUUGGCUUCAGACAUCAGUUUGUGAAGCCUGCAGACUGCUCGGAUCUUCUUCACCCCUUCUUAGCUUGUCAGCAUUCCUUAAACACUUGUAUUUGUCCAGCUGACAGCUAGUUUGCUUUGUCGGACAUGUGCAUGCUGCUAACAGGGUUUUUGCGGCCAUUUUGGAAAACUAUCUAGUUGUGAGAUUUACAGCUCAGGGGAAGACCGAGCCAUGGAGGGUCUUGAGCAGCUUGACAUGGUGGGUGAUAUCAGCCCAGCCUUGGAGGCCACAGAGGACUUUAUCCACUGCAUGGAUGGGAUACAAGGCCAAGGUCCGAGCCAGGCUCAAACAGGGAACGUCCAGCCUCCCAGGCAGCCGAAGCAGCUGCAGGAAGUGUCCAGUGCUGCGCUGGGGAAGCUGAGCUCCAGCGGUGUAUGGAGCCUGCUGGCGGGGGAGCAGCCAGAAGUCGGGCCCUUGGGCCUGGCGUGGGCCGACAACUUCAGCGUGUUGGGUCUGGGGAUGGGCUUGAGGCACGGCAAGAGAAGCCGGGCGCGCUCCACCAACGACCUGGCAGCCCACACCAAGGAGUGCACCAACAACACCGCCAACUCCUCGUCCAACUCCGCCUUCAAGAAGGGACACAACCGGUCCAGAUCUGACGUCAACUACCGGCCGUCUGCCUACACUGACAACGGACUGCCCACAGUGGACUGCAACACCCUGAAGAACAUGAUCCUCAACCACCAGCAAGAGGCUGAUAAAAGCAGCAGCAGCAGCAGUGUGGUGAAACAGGGUGAGAUGGAGCAGCGUGAGGGGCCCCGGGGCCGUUGGACACCCUGCCAUGUCGAGCUGACACCGUGCGAGCUCCGGCUCUACACUCUGGACAGCAGUGCCAACCGCCAGCUGGGCACCGCCUACUCUCUGUCACACUGCCAGAGCGUCAUCUCACCAGCACCCUGCAGCCAGCCCGGCCAGAUCACCCAGCCCGCCGAUCAACGCACGCUGCAGGCUUUGUUCUUCAACAGCACGCGUCUCCAGCUGAGGGCGGCCAGCCAAUGGGAGGCGAUGGAGUGGAGACGGCUUAUGUGGGAGAAGGUGCAGGCAGCCAGACCUGUGAGGCAGGAGAACCGCCAGCUUAAGACCGGAGUGGAAAACCAACAGGUGGCUAAGUUUCCUGCACCCAUGUCGCCCUCCUCGUCGCCCUCUCCAUCGGGACUCGACACCAGGCCUGAUGGGGAGAGUGACACCACCACCUCAGCGGAGGCUUCACUCUCUAUUCAGACUAAUUCUGGCAUCUUGAGCAGACCCACCACCCUUCCUCUGUUCACCCAACGCUGCCAGGACGUCCUCAAAGCCGGUCUGCUCCACAAGCUGAUGGACCAGAACAACUGGCGGGCCUUCACCGUCGUCCUGACCAGAUCUGCUCUCCAAGCUUUCCCUACUGAGGGACGCGGGUCUGUGUCCCAGCCUGUCCUCCAGUACUCCCUGGCUUUCUGCUUGGCUGUGCAGCAAGAUCAGGAACCAGAGAACGGAGAGCCGUGGAUGGAUAGAAGGGAACGUUUCCAGGUAGUUUUCCCCAAAGAGGUGCUCCGACUUCGGGCAGAGGAUCACCUUAAGGCCCAGGAAUGGGUGGAGACCCUUCGAGAGGCAGUGGGAGCACAGAGGCCUGCACAAGAAGGAGGUGUGUCGGGAGAAGGAGCUCCAAGCCUCCAGGGAGUGCUGCUGAGAUCAAAACCGUCUCGUGAGAGGAGGCAUCGUGAGGCCCAGAGAGCCAAGAGGCAGUCGGUCACCACCAGCUUCCUCAGUAUCCUCACCUGUCUGGCUGUGGAGAAAGGACUCACUGCUCAGAGCUUCAGAUGUGCAGGUUGUCAGCGUCCAGUCGGUCUGUCCAGAGGAAAGGCAAAGGUCUGCUACUACAGUGGCUGGUAUUACUGCCAGAGCUGCCAUCAGGACAACUCCUUCCUCAUCCCAGCUCGCCUGCUGCACAACUGGGACACCAGCAAGCACAAGGUGUCUAAACAGGCCAAAGAAUUCCUGGAGUUUGUGUAUGAGGAGCCUCUGCUCGACGUCCAGCAGCUCAACCCUUGUCUGUAUGAGCACUGUGAGCCUCUCAGCACUGUGCUACGUCUCCGCCAGCAGCUACAGUCACUGCGGGCCUACCUGUUCAGCUGCCGAGCAACUGUUGCCGAGGACCUCCGACGAAGGAUCUUACCCAGGGAAUACCUGCUACAACAUAUUCACCUAUACUCCAUGGCAGACCUGCAACAGGUGAUCGAUGGAAAACUGGCUCCCUUUCUGUCCAAGGUGAUCAAGUUUGCCAGCUCCCAUGUUUUCAGCUGCAGUUUGUGUCGAGAGAAAGGCUUCAUCUGCGAGCUUUGCCACAACGGACAGGUCAUCUAUCCCUUCCAGGAGAACGCCACCAAGAGAUGCGACGGCUGCGGGGCCGUUUUCCACGCCGAGUGUCGACAGAAAGCUCAACCAUGUCCUCGCUGCGUUCGCCGAGAGCUGCACCACAAGAGGCCGUCCUCCUUCUGGUCACCUGAUGACGAUAGCCCCGGGUGUUUUCACCUGCCCUACCAAGACACCUGAGACACACGCACACACACACACACACACUCAAACACACACACACAGACACACACACACACACACUCAAACACACACACACAGACACACAGACACACACACACACACACACACACACACACACACACUAAAGCAGUAACAAUUAGGGCGCUGCCAGGCCAUGACACUGGACAAAGUGCCUGUUUUUUCUGAUUUGUGUUUUUCCAGGACAAAUUCUGUGACAGUUUUGGCCGGAGGACGAGCUCAGAGAAUCUGAUGCAUCGCCAGGUUUGUGUUUCUGUGUGUUUACCUGCUAACACACACACCUGAGCUGCGCCCCCAUAGUCCCUCUGUAAAGAGCAGGGAGACAACCCACUGAGGAACUGCUGCACCAGGCUUUACAGACUGAACUACUUGUAUUUUGUAGUCGAACAUCUUCACACAUGUCAAAGUCGUCCUUUGCCAUCUUCAUCCCGUCACCACAUCACUAUCUUCACUCAUUUCUUAUUCCAGGAUUUAUUUGGUUUAUUCUAAGCCAAAGUUUUCCACCUGCCCUUAAAGUCAAGCAUGUGUUUAGUGACAAAACAGUUUGUCAAUGGACAGAAAAUUAAUGAUCAAUUUUGGCAAUCAAUGAAUAAUUUUUCGAAAAGGCAAAACAUUCACUGGUUCCAGCUUCUCAAAUGUGAAGAUUUUGGUUGGUCAAACAGAAUAAACAAAUGGCGAACAUCAUCUCAGCCUCUGGGAACGUGAUACAUUUUUUGUCUUCGUUUACAGACUAAAUGAUUACUUGAUAGAAAACGGAUUAAUCUAUAAUGAAAAUAAUCAGAUUCUGUUAUUUGCAGCCCUUCUCAUGUAACUCAUGUAGCCUUGAGAAGUGGCUGUAAAAUGUUUGCAGCAGCUGUCGAAAACUUGGAUUCAUGUCAGUUAUAACAAUGGAAUCAAAUAUUAAAGCACCGGUUCAUAUUUUUUCCAAGUCCGUCUUAAAACAAUAAUCAUGUGCUCAUAUAAACAUUGAAGUCGGUUUUGCUUGCUGCGUUUAUACUGACCAAUAAAAGACGGUAAAAUGAUUUUGGUUGAAGUGAUGGUAGACAAUAUCCACAGUCCUCUUUCUGUGCUGCAAAAAUACAUUCCACAGUUUAUCUGAAGUUUAAAUGAAGCUGCAGUGGUGCCAGUCAAAUGAAGCAGGUAUAUUCCAAAGUGUUUUUGGUGUAAAAUUUCUUCUUUGUGUCACAUGUGUCCCUCUGCGACAUCUCAGCACGGAAACACUGACUAGGGAACCAACAAAACAAAAAGGGAAUUCUGUACAAAAAAGACUUUGGAGGAUAUCCACUUGAUUUUUGCAACUCGGCCUGCUGAAGCUCAAAAUUAACUUCAAAUAAACUUUAGGUAGGUUUAUACAGACUUUCAAUUUGUGCUUGUCAAUGUGACAUGCAGUGGAAGUGCAGUGGAAACUUAGUGAAUUGAUCACAAUGUACAUGAAGCAUUUGAUUUAAACGUCCACUGAGGAGAUGAAAACAUCAGAACUGUGUGGAGCGAUUAGGAGACACAAACUUUCUUUAAAUUAAUACAUGAAUCAAACAUAAAUUUCAAGUUUUCUACCUUGUUUUUCUCCAUUUGAGGUUUGACUGUGCUCGUCUGCAUUAAGAAUUCAUCUUUUAAUGGCCAGUAUGAACAGGAGGAUACAUUUUCAAUGUAAAUAUGGGCAUGUGAAUACUGUGUUAAGCAAGAUCUGGAAAAAUGUGAACCCUCCCCUUGAAUCAGUCAUUUGAAAAGGAUUGAGAUUGUGAUGGGCCUCUCAACUGUUUUCUUAAGUAUUAGAGAUGAAGCAAUUAAACUAUUUAUCGAGUAAAUCAAUCGAUAAUAAAAAAUAAUUGUUAUUUAAAACCCCAGUAACAUUAUUACUUAGUGGUCAUUAUUCCAGAACCGCAACAUCGCCCCUUUUUCUACAACUUUACCCUGUCAGACAAACUGCUGCAUCAUUCUCACAGACUGUUUACACACUGAGAGUCAUGCUCAGAUUUUAUCACCCACAUCAGCUCAACAGGACUUAAACCGAAGCCGUGUAUUUAAUCAUAUUUUGGAGGAAAUAUGAGUGUUUGGAAAAUAUGGAUCAACAGUCGGGAAGUGGUUUAUGCUGUCAGUAGUUCCAUAAUUUCCUGUGGAUGUUUUGUUUUGUUUUUUUUGUUUUGUGGAUGACAACUUGAAAUCCAUUGUAACAGACUAAAUCCAAACUGACCACAGCUGCUGUCUGUGAAGAAGAGAAACACAAAUGUUUUACAGUCAUAUUCAUGUAUUAAAUCAGAUUCUCGACUUAUUUGAGAUUUAACCGGAACCAUUAGAUUUGGAUGUUUCACCAAAUAAUAAUAAUAAUUUUAAUAAUAAUAAAAUGAUAGCUGUGAUUGAUGUAUAGAAAUCCCUCCAUACUUCCUCUAUCCUUCUGUCACAUCUCAUUCUCGUUUUCCUUAAACCGAGACAGUUUAACCUCUAGAUGUGGAAUGAAAGACGUUUGUUAACUCACUCAUUUUAUCAUGUUCCUUUAUGUAAAAUGUAAACAGACUUUAAUUUAAAAAGGACUCUGUCACAUCGUCUGAGCACAUUCUCCUCCCUCUAUCGGUCUAACUGUAAAAUAACAGGGGCAAUAAUAUACUGUAACUUAUCUUUCAUUGUUGCCUUUUCCCUCCUCUCUUCCUCUGUGAUUCUACUUCCUGUUGUGCUUUAUUCAUGCAGAAUCUAUCAAACAUGAUAGCAGCUUUAGCUUUUAGUAUCUCUAUGCAACCUAGAUGGCCUUUAUAACCCACUGCUUUCACGUGUAAAGGUCUGGAAAUACUAUUGUUUACGUUUUCUUACAUUUUACAACAGCUGCGUUUCCAUCUGGUUUUAAGGGCAAUUUUAAAAAAGAUUUACUGAAAUGUCAGAAAAAUAAACGUGAUUAUGAUUAUUAGUAGUAUUUAUAUUUGUUUAUGCUGUUUGAACAUUAAAAUGAAAGGAAAGUUUUUGUCCAAAACUUAAUUGAAACUGAACGUGAAACCAACAUAUUACAUAAUUUUUAAUUUCUGUCUUUUCUAUUCGAAUUUAUUUUACAAUUUUACAAACAGAAUAUGUUGCAUCUUUAAUCCAAAAUGAAAACCUUUUGCAAAAGGAAUAAAAAUUAACAUUGCCUUCACUUAAAGCUGCACACCCUGAUUUUAUUGCGUGUCCACUCCCAGCUAACGGCGGAUACUUGAGUUUCCAAAACGUCGACAGCAAUCUUUUUGUUGGAAUUUUGGGCAUUGUAACAAAUUCACAGAUCGCAGCUUUAAAGUUCAACGACUUGUAAUAUUUAGGAUGGAAAUGCAGCUGUUGCUUCAUCCUGCGACUUGUUUUCUUUUCUGAUUUCACUUUAAUUUCAGAUUGAUUCUUUGCUCUUAAGUCCGCGCUGAGGCUCGUUCUCCUUUUCUCAUCUUUUUGAGCAAUAAAAACAUCAACUUUUAAAAGGGAAUUUUUGUGUGAAUAAGCCACUGUAAUCAGUACCUGACCGUCAAACCCCAGUUCCGGGUUUAUUCGGAAAUAUGUAUUUUUGUGAAAAGCAGAGAUCAGACCGACAGUAAUUCAUGUUUGUGAAGCAUGUAGGACACUGUAGACUGAAACUAAAUAACCCAGUAGUUUAAAAUAUGCCAGGGUUAGUGCACUGAUGCGUCAGCUGAAUUACACUUGUUUUGUUUUUACUUUGUUUUGAAGGAGAAACCUGCAGCCGUGUCAGGUGAUAUCACAAGUGAAGUGUUUAAGUUAUUGUUGAGUGAUUGUGCCUGCUGCAUAAUAAAAAAAAAAAACUAGUGAAAAGGUAUGAAAGCCUUUGGUACAGUAUUUUUGAUAUGUAUUUUGUUUGUGUUGUUUUUGUUUUGUUUUUUUAUUUGGUUGCUGUGUUAUAAUUUUUAUUUCUGUACUUUUUUUUAUUUGUGCACACAGAUUAGAGUUCUGCACAAACCUAACACAGAGAACUGACCCACCUUAACCAGACUAGUUCUGCCAAAUUUGAGACCCCAAACUCAACCCACAACCUGAAGCUUGUCUUCAUGUCAUUCAUUCCCAUUUGCUAGACUGUGCAUUGUGUAUCUACUUGCAAUACAUGUGGCACACUGACACAGGCGGUCGCCAUGGAUCCUGUCCAAGUAUCCGUUUCAGCUCGCAGUACUCAGAUUACUAAUGCGACAAUAUGAAUAAAUAAAAUACGUCUUAAAACAAACCUGUAUGUAAAAUAUGUUGAAGGGAUGUUAAAUGUUAUUUAACUGCCUAACUAAAGUCUGUACAUCAGUUUUAUCUCCAAAUGAAGUGGUUUAGAUUAAGUGGAAAAACAUCCUGAGCUUUUCUGGGAAGAAGUUACUAUUUAGAAUUUAUGUUAUGUACUCAAUAAGAUGGAGACAAUAAGAUUGUGAUAGGCUUAUUAGUCAGUAAUUAUUUGGUAUUAAUUACUGUACUAAACAGUUUGGGGAAGAUACUUCCUGGUGCUUAUUAGAGAACAUGAAUUACUCAUUUGUGUGCACAAGUAACCAAAAACAAAUUUACACCUAAUAUCUGCUGGACUACAUAUUUUGCCUUUAUGUAGCUACAGCAGCUGAUGGCAACUGAUCACUUUAUUCAUUUCUUUGUUUGUUUCAUGCAGUAUGUCUGUGUGUUCAUACCACUUGGAAGUAUGUGUUUAGUCAAAGUUUUGUUUGUUUGUUUAGUUAUUUUUUUUAUGUCUUAAGCAUAAAUGUGAACAUUGUAUAAAAUCUGAGAAUCUGUUUUGUAUGAUGUGUUCCAGUUGUGUUUUUUUUUUCCAGGUAAAUUCAAAGCUAAUUUACCUGUUCCAUGCUAAUUUCUGUUUUCUUUACAACCUCUGUUGGAAUCUUAAGGCCAUUUUAUGACUAAAAAUGAACAUCAGUGUUUUCAGCUUGAGUAUGUUGUCCUGUGUUUACAGGUUGAAUGAGUACGGGACUGGAAACGUUCUUUAUGUUGCAGGCACAUUAUGAUCAUCGCAGUAUGUUUUACUUGACGUGCUUGGAGAAGAAUAUAUUGUACAGUAUUUAAGCAGAGUAACUGAACUGAAACUCUUCUCUCUUUUGCACAUUUUAAGUUAUUUUUUAUUAUCAGUUUCUUUUCAUCACAGCCAAAUUCUUAUGCAAGUACAGGGAGUUGAUUUUUUUUUUUUAAUUUAAUCAGUCCUUUCUCAUGUCUGGUUUUGUUCAAAUUUGUCCGCUAGCCACUGAUGCCAAUAAAGACAAACUUCUUAAAAGAGAAAGUGUUUGAAUCCUGCAUGG